AUUUAUACAAAAAAGCACAACACAGUCUCACUCUGUUGCUUUCUUUCUCUGUCCAUUUCUGUGGGUUGGUUUUGUUUAUCUCAGGACUUUCUGUUUCAAUCGAGCCUAUCACACUCUAUCUAAAGUAUCUCGAGAUUGGCGUCUAAGAUAAAGACCACAGGACUGUGUGCUUGAAAGAGAAAAACCAUACGACAAAAAAACCUCCAUUAUCUGAUGAAGGAGAGAUGAGGCUCUCCUGGAGGAGAGAGCCUGCCUGUGAUUGUGAAAACUACCGCCAUCGCCGCCAACCAAGGAAAAGGAGAUAAAAAACCAUAUCCAAAGCAACAAACUUUGUUCUAAGAGAGCUACUCCCCCAUUUACGUUUUCUGCCAAAGAAGAGAAAUCAACAGUAAAAAAUUCAGUGUGGGUGCGUCUUGUUUUUGGUGAUCUCUUCAUUUUAAGUGUUUUUUUAUGUGAAAAAAAUGGCACUUGCCAUGCACAAAGAGUCACUGAGUAACAAGCAGAUGGAUAGCAGCAAGUAUGUGAGGUAUACGCCCGAGCAAGUUGAGGCUCUGGAAAGAGUAUACAGUGAAUGCCCAAAGCCUAGCUCUUUGAGAAGGCAGCAGCUCAUUCGGGAGUGUCCUAUUCUCUCCAACAUUGAGCCUAAACAAAUCAAAGUCUGGUUUCAGAACCGCAGAUGCCGUGAAAAGCAGAGGAAGGAAGCUUCCCGGCUCCAGACAGUGAAUAGAAAGCUGACUGCCAUGAAUAAGCUGUUGAUGGAAGAGAAUGACCGAUUACAGAAGCAGGUCUCCCAUCUGGUCUACGAGAAUGGAUACAUGAGGCAGCAAGUGCAGACCGCUUCUGUAACGACCACAGACAAUAAUAGCUGUGAGUCUGUGGUCAUGAGUGGUCAGCACCAACGACAGCAAAACCCAACACCUCAGCACCCCCAAAGGGAUGCUAACAACCCAGCUGGUCUACUCGCAAUAGCUGAGGAGACCCUGGCAGAGUUCCUUUCUAAGGCAACUGGAACUGCUGUCGACUGGGUCCAGAUGAUUGGGAUGAAGCCUGGUCCGGAUUCUAUUGGUAUUGUUGCUGUUUCCCGCAACUGUAGUGGGUUAGCAGCACGAGCUUGCGGUCUUGUGAGUCUUGAGCCCACAAAGGUCGCAGAAAUCCUCAAAGAUCGUCCAUCUUGGUUUCGUGACUGCCGAUGCGUUGACGUAUUGAGUAUAAUUCCUACAGGAAAUGGUGGAACAAUUGAGCUCAUCUAUAUGCAAACCUAUGCACCUACAACAUUGGCUGCAGCACGAGACUUUUGGACUCUGAGAUAUAGUACAAGUUUAGAAGAUGGCAGUCUCGUGAUAUGUGAAAGGUCGUUAACAUCUUCUACUGGUGGCCCUACAGGGCCUCCUACUUCAAGUUUUGUCAGAGCUGAAAUGCUUCCUAGUGGCUUUCUAAUCAGACCUUGUGAGGGUGGUGGCUCCAUUAUUCAUAUUGUUGAUCAUGUUGAUUUAGAUGUUUGGAGUGUUCCUGAAGUUCUCAGGCCACUAUAUGAGUCAUCCAAAAUACUUGCUCAGAAAGUGACCAUUGCUGCCUUGCGGCAUAUACGGCAAAUUGCACAAGAGACAAGUGGAGAAAUUCAAUAUGGUGGUGGUCGUCAACCUGCUGUUUUAAGGACGUUUAGUCAGAGACUUUGCAGGGGCUUUAAUGAUGCGGUGAAUGGGUUUAUGGAUGAUGGUUGGUCGCUCAUGGGUGGUGAUGGUGUUGAAGAUGUGACCAUCAUGAUAAACUCAUCCCCAGGCAAAUUUCUUGGGUCUCAAUACAACACGUUCCCUUCUUUUGGGGGAGGUGUACUAUGUGCCAAGGCAUCCAUGCUGCUUCAGAAUGUUCCUCCUGCAUUGCUUGUUCGCUUUUUGAGGGAGCAUCGUUCAGAGUGGGCUGAUUAUGGAGUUGAUACGUACUCUGCAGCUUGUCUUAAAGCUAGCCCUUACGCAGUUCCUUGCACAAGACCUGGUGGCUUCCCUUGUAGCCAGGUCAUUCUGCCUCUUGCCCAUACUGUGGAACAUGAAGAGUUACUGGAAGUUGUUCGUCUAGAAGGCCAUGCAUUCACCCCAGAAGAUGUAGCGCUGGCACGGGAUAUGUACUUAUUACAGCUAUGCAGUGGGAUUGAUGAAAAUGCAGUUGAUGCGUGUGCACAACUUGUCUUUGCACCUAUUGAUGAAUCCUUUGCUGAUGAUGCUCCAUUGCUGCCAUCUGGAUUUCGAGUCAUACCUUUGUAUCCCAAGACAGUCACGGAUGGACCUGGAGCCACUCGGACAUUGGAUUUGGCUUCUACACUUGAAGUGGGCCCUGGUAGCAACCGUACAGCUGGUGAUGGUCAGCCAAACAAUUAUAACCUUAGAUCUGUUUUGACCAUUGCAUUCCAAUUCACUUUUGAGAACCACUUGAGGGACAAUGUGGCUGCUAUGGCUCGUCAAUAUGUGCGUAGUGUUGUGGGAUCUGUUCAAAGGGUUGCCAUGGCUAUUAGCCCAUCCCGUCUUAGCUCUGAUAUGGGACUGAAACCCCUGCCUGGUUCUCCUGAGGCUCUUACUUUGGCACGUUGGAUUUGUCGAAGCUACAGAGCUCAUACCGGAGGAGAACUCCUACGAGUAGAUUCACAAGCUGGUGAUGCUUUACUGAAGCAACUGUGGCACCAUUCAGAUGCAAUAAUGUGCUGUUCAUUGAAAACAAAUGCAUCUCCAGUUUUCACCUUUGCAAACCAGGUUGGGCUUGAUAUGCUUGAAACUACUUUAGUGGCCCUUCAAGACAUAAUGUUGGACAAGAUACUUGAUGAAGCUGGCCGAAAGAUUCUCUGUUCGGAGUUCUCAAAGAUUAUGCAACAGGGGUUUGCCUAUCUCCCAGCAGGGAUAUGUGUAUCUAGUAUGGGAAGGCCAGUGUCAUAUGAGCAGGCCAUUGCAUGGAAGGUUCUCGAUGACGACGGGGUGAAUCACUGCCUUGCCUUGAUGUUCAUAAAUUGGUCUUUUGUGUGAGUGAUCUAGUAGAUGUAUGGAAGAAUUAACUUUUAGGUAUCUAUCUUUUAAGUUAUAUAUUUGGUUUUAGUACUUAAGAAGAUGAUUAUGAUAUUAUGAAUGAAGAUAUUGGCAGGAGGAUAUCAUGAAUGCUUGUGUCUUUAUGUGAAUGGUUAGAUGUUUGAUUGAUGAUGAUAUUCUUCUUUAUCUUUAUCCAUCUGAUGUCCGUGUGAGAGUUGGUUGGAUCUCAUUUCUCAAUCAAAUUGGAUAAUGUUGGGAGUGGGACCUACCUGCUGUUAGGUUUGUUGGCCUGGUUUGGUCCAAAUUUCCAUAUUUUUUCUGUUGGAAUGUGUCAU